GGACGAAUGAAAAACAAGCAUUUUCCACGGUGACUAUAAAUAGCAUUUUCCACGGUGACUAUAAAUAGCAUUUUCUAGCGAUCGCACUGAAGAACGGCAUAUUUACGUCUGGACAACGAGUUGCGGGGAAAAGUGCUGAUUUUGUUGCAGUUUUAGGAGCCGGUGAUUGAAGAACGAGCAGAGAAGCCCGUGCCGGGAAGUGUUGAUUUUAUUUUUAUGACGUCAUUUGUUAUUUAUUAUUCAAAGCUACUUGUUUUGAUCCCGUCUCCAGCCUCAAAUGUCUAAACUGCGUCAAAACCGAAUCUUGGUCCAAACAAUAGAGGUCAAUGGUCCAAACACUUGGUCCAAACUUGGUCCAAACAUGAUUAACGUAUGACUAAUUUGAUUUUAUUCCGAAUUAAUUUCAUUUUUGGUGCCAACGAAUAAUUUAAUUUCGUCUGGUCUCCGAAGAUAUGUAAUGACAGAGAAAAAGGAUAUACUUGAACACGCAAUUGAGGUGUGGGCUCGGCUGUUUGAUCACCGGCCAUUCCUGAGGGGUGAAAUCAAGUCAUUUGUUCAUAAUUUUGAGUCAAAGCACCCAGAGGGGUGUGCACCAUCGCUGGCUGACCCGCUGGCCCAGCUGAAUCAGAUCAACUCUGAGCUGGUCGGCGGCUGUGCUGCUCUGGUGCAGGAGAGCCUGCCCGGCCUGCAGGAGGACGCCACACUGCUGGAGGCACAGUGCCGUGCACUCAUCAAAGCACCAGCCAACAACGAAAAGUUGCAGGACCGUGUAGCCGAGCUGCAGAUCGAGCGCGAGGAGAGCUGGGGUCGGUUCCUCACUGAACUGGAGCAGGCGCGCGCUCAGGUGGACGAGGAGUUUGAACGGAAGGAGGCCGAACUGCGCGACUACUACCGACGGGCACAGCAGAAACUGACGUAGAACUGAGUAUGGAGCUGCACCCGUCUGAAUCUGUCCGCGAGUCGGUGCGGCUGCUGGUGGGGCCGCUGCCGCCGGACGCUGUGCCGGCCGCGGUGCGCCGCUGGCUGGACCGGCCCGCCGGGGGCGGUCUCAGUCUGGAGGCGGUGCGCUGGCUGCGGGAGCGGCUGACCGCAGAGGGACAGCAGGAGCCGCUGUUUGACCUGCUGGCCGGCGGGACGAUGGAGCUGCCCUCGCCGGUCACACAGGAACGGAACCCCGAACUGGAGGCACGGUGUCAGCGUUUGAGAGCAGAGCAAGAGGAGCGCUCCUACCGCAAAAUGGUCCGGAACGUGGACUCGAACCGCUUCAAAGAACCCUCCCUCGAAAUCGGCAAACAGAUGCGCGAGGUGAACGCCCAGCUGGUCGAGGUCGGGCAGGUGGUGUUCUCGGUCGGCGCCGCCUUCCUGUUCGGCUACAUGGCCACGGCGGUGGCCGCCGGCGGCGCCAGCACCGCCACGCGCAUCCUGGCCGGCCUGGCCGCCGCCCUGGUGGUGCUGGUCGCCGAGGGAUACUUCCUGCUGCGCUACCUCAGCUACGCCGACGACCCGCCACCGGCGCGUCCCCCGGCCAAGACGGCGGCGCCCUCCGCGAGCCCCGUCGUCGCCGUCGGCGCCGGGUCUGGGGCCGAUGAGGUAGAGGUAGCGGCGGCGCAACCUCCACCGAUCUACGUGAAGAAGCGACAGUGAUGUGCCGCGUGGCUGCGACACUGUCGCACGACAGUGAUACUGCGACAGAACGGAGCCAGUGCUAUAGAGUAGUGUGCCGCGUGAAAGUGAAGUGUGUUGUCAGUUGUCACUCAUUCAAAUUCGGUCGAAAGGUUAUGAAAUGUUGCCAAUGAGUUUGCUGUGUAUCAUUGUACAGUGACACUUUGGCGGCGACAACUCCAAUGACUGCAUUGGAGAUUGGGGAUGACUGCAUUGGGGAUGACUGCAUUGGGACGUCACUGGAGUCAGCCAUGUAACACUAGUUUGAAUCUGCGGUCUGUUGCUUGGUAUCACAUGAUGUUUGUGCCAGCGUGCUGAGUGCAGUUUGGUAGUGACGGUGUUGGUAUGGCGUGAUCAAAGAUUUUUCCAGCCCACCAUAGGCUAGAUUUUAAUUUUUAGCGAGUUAAUGUAAGAGCUAAACGCGUCACAUCGUCAUAUUCUAGGCAAAAUGUGCGCGGCUCGUAACUGCUUUUCGCUAUGGCCACCGGCAUUCCCUUAUUUGUAGCUGCUGUGAGUUUUGCGUUUGUGAACAUUGUACUGAAACGCACUUAUGUAGUGUGUGAAGAAUGAUAGUUGAAACUAGUGGAAAGACGUAAUGGUAUCUGACAUGAAUUGAUAUAAAACCGACAAUGAUAUCGUGAUAUAAAAGAGGCAAAUAUAAGACUGGACUGUCCGGACUUCAA